UACACAUGGGUUUAACAUCAGCUCUUCCUUUGACCUGCUCACAAACACAUUUCUCCUAGACCUAAAAACCUCAAACUUUGACUCAUCACUCCAUAAAACCUUCCUCCACUCUUUCUGCGUCUUUUAUACUCUUGCCCACCGCAACAAAAAGGCCAGCUUGUCUCUACUUCCUACCUAGAAGUACUCAAAGGAAGAUUCAUUAAUCUGAGCUGCUGAGUCGUCGAUCACGUUUACUGAUCAAUACAAUAAGAUUAUAUCAUCAAUGGUUGUGGUUGUUCUCUAGUUGUUCGGGGCCCACCAGAAAGUUUUAUAUCGCCAAAGCUCCUGGUGGAUACAUAUUUUUUCACGUUAUAGUGCGUCGAGGUAUUUUUAAUUCGACAGCAAUGGUACGGUUACUUUUGUUUAAACACUCUAGAUUAGGAAGACUUACGAUUAAUGCACGAGUUUCAACCGAUAGUUUCCUUGGUUCUACUCAUUUUAAAACGUACAAAUUUGAAUUUGCGCGAACGAAAUCAAAUUGUAUAUAUUUGUAUAUGAACGUAUAUGACAAAAAUAUGUCUUGGUUUAAAAAGUAUAAAUCACAGCAUAUUUUUGUAUAUCACAGGGGUAACUGAGACUAAACUACUAUCAUAAACACAGUAUUUGUCCCACUCACAGACAAACUAUAAACAUGCGGUCGUAUAAAGUAAGCAAAUAAAUUAUUUUUGGUUUGUAAGAAACCGUUUUGACCUUUGCUUGACAAUAUGAAGAGAGAAAUUUGUUGAAGUGUAUUAAAUAAAUAGAUUUUAAGAUUUGGUUGAACGUUAUUUUUAUUUCCAUUUUUUCAAAUUAUUGUUAAGUUUUUCAUUUAACACGUUACUUUAUUUCCAAACUCUACUGCCAAAAAAAAAUUUUUUUCAGUUUUGACAUGUCUUCUCAGAGAUAGAUUUAUUUAAAUUAUUGUUUUAAAAGUCUCUUUUUGAGUGACCCGGCGUACACCUUCUAGCUUUUGUUACAAAAGUGAUUUAUUACCAUUCUAAUGGGGUUUUCGGAAAUUAUGAUUUAAUUAAACCUAUCAUCUUCUGAAUGUUCGGAAAGUGAUUUGGAUCCGAUUAGUAUCUUCUGAAACGCAACGAGGUAAUCAGACCAUAGCUAUAUGAUAGAAUUCUUUCUACCCUAAUAUACAUCGGAAAGAUCCUGGCAGAAUAAGUAUUUUAUUUGUACUACCAGAAACAUACUAUUAAAUAAUUGGAAAUACCCCCAAAACGGGAAGAAAAUACCGUUUUCUCGGAAAAUCUAUAGAUCUGACAGAAAAAUUAAAGCUUUUUAUUGAAUCAAGGAAUUUAUUUUAAUUUCUACCAUUAUGUCAAAUUUUCUAUUUCCACCCCUCGGAAAUCCGAGAAGAAAAUGAUUGUUUGAGAGCGGAUCAGCUGCUCUAAUGAUGUACCUCCGGCAUAUGUGCUGGAGAAAAUCCUGAUUCGGACAGAAAAUUAUUUUAAUUUUAAAAAAAAUCGCUCAUUUUGGUACUAGCCAUAAAUUUUUAUCAACUAAUUUGCACCCUCAGGUGAGAGAAAACGUUCUAAGAAAAUAUCCUUACAGAAAAAAAUUAGGUUGAAAUGAAACAUUUCUACCACCUAAAAAUUUUUAUUUGCACCCUUAGGAAUAUAUGGAGAAAUUUGAUUUUCUCAGGAUAUACCAAAAGGCAUAUUUCUAUAUUUCGUCUUCAAUUCUCAGUACGUUUUUAUGUCUGCUAAAUCAAAAUAUGGAUAUAAGAUAAAGAUUAGAAAAAUAAACAGUACUAAGUAUUUCAACUCAAUUUUACCAGCGUUGGUUAAUAGUUUACUAUUAUAGUGUUAUAGUUGAAAAUAAAAAUAAUAUCCCUAAGGGAUCAGUCACUAUUCAUAGCACCAAGAGCUCAAUAACAACUACAGAGAAACUCUAUAAACUAAUAAUUUGCUACCAAACAUAUAUCCUACUAAACUUUAGGGUUGAAAAGUAUAAGCUCACUUAACUGUAAUUGCCAUGGCCAUGUAGAUAAUGGUAAAAAUAUAUGCACAUGCUGACAAAACUUAACGCAAUGUUUCUAAACUAGUAUAAUUGUAUUCUGGAUCAUCUGCUACCUCCUAUUAUAAACUAUAAAUUGUCCUACGUCUAAAAUCUUGAGUAGCUUUGUCCACUGAUUUCAGUUUUUCUUUACAUGUUUUUCUGUUUCGUGACUACUCGAUAAAUGGAAAAUUUAUUCACUCUAGUUAAUUUAGCAAUUCGUAUUAUGAUUGCAUUAUCAGAUGGCUGAAUAUUUUCCCUUUCUAAACAUUCGAAUAUAUUUAAAAUAACUUGCUGUGCUUAUAUGUAAAUUUUCAUUAUUAAAUUCAUACCUGUCUUUAUUCUCACUACACUGUGCAAUUUCAUCGUCUUCAUUCUCCAAUAGUCAAAAGAACGCUAUAUUUCUAUUUAUUUAAAGAAAUUUAUGAACGCCAAUGCUUAUCGCAAGCUGUCUGGCAGGAAUAUUUCGAAGAAAUUGUGUACAUACGGCUUCGGCCAAUAGAAAUGCAUGCAAUGUUUACGAUUAGAUGUUUUCAUUGGUUAGGAGAGUGGAGAUGAUGAGUCCACGUGGACUGACGGUUUCUUAAAUGUUUACCGAUUUCUAUACGGGGAGUAAACAUUAUUUUAUCAUUUCUUAAUUUGGUAUGAGUGCCGUGCGUAUUUAUAAAAUAUUGAUUGUUCCUUACAUAACUGUCUUCAGUAAUUGAUAUUGGAAGAACUAUACCACAUUGACGAAUACUUUUAAUUUGACGAUCGUGUUCAGAAACACUUUUUUCAUUUGUUUAUGACUGCCAGAUGAAAAUAAACAUAAGUUGUAUGAUUAGUAGUGAAAAUUAUCACAUUUAUCUACUUUUUUUCUAAAAAAACUCCCAGUGGUUACAAUCGUCAUUUACUGAUCUUGUCGUUACAAAUAUAUGUGUUCGUACACUUCUUACUAACACUGUUCUUUUUUUAUUUAUCAAAAUUUGCACGACAGCUAUAUUUACGGCAACAUGUAUAUAGGAUUAUUCAGUUAAAUAAAUCUAGGUAUGCAAAUCUGAACUUUGAUCAGACAUGAGGUUGAAUAAUCUGCAUAAAAAUUGGAAAUCUUAAAUUAUACAUAAGCAUUUUAAUAGAUUUUGUGAAUAUUGUGUUGCUAUCAAUUAACCGUAAAUGUAAAAUUUUAUAUAUUAUUGAUAUUUAUGAGUAAAAUGAUAGGUUCCUAAAAGUCCCUUUUUUCAUAUUUUGAUCCUAAAGUCCCUUUUUUGUAAAAAUUGUGUACUAAAAGCCCUAUUAUCAAUACUAGAUUGUUCGUUAAAUUUUUCGUGCCGAAAUAUAUCGCUAGGAUAUCAUUAUUUCAUAUCCUAUACGAAUUAAGGCUUAUUCGAAAUUUCGACAAUCACAGUUCACAUAAUGAAAUGGUACAAAUUAUUAUCUCUGUAUGAAUUAUGAAAUUUAUUGUUUUUCUUUGUUAGAAAGCAAAGGAACAAGAAGUCGGAAUUUGGAUAGGUACAACGCUAUGACAAGAUCUGUAGGUAGUGCACCAGUAAUACCAGCCGGCUGUGCAAGCGGUUACUCAGGACGUAGGCGCACUGACCUAGUCCCUACCAUUCCAUCGAAAGAAUCAAUCAGUUCAUCCCGCAAAUCCUUAAACCACUCACCAGGUAGGGCUUACUCAAUGACCCGCUUAGAUCAGCUUGCCAAACCACGCAGACGACACGAUCUACCAUCAUUGGCAGAAACCAACUCCUUUCGUCCUUUAUCCUCUUCCAGUCACUCUUCUGUUACCCGUAGCAUGAGCCACUUGGCCGUAAGUAAAACGGCACCGUCACCAACUAGAAGAGAGUUGAACAAGGCGGACAGUCGCAGCAUGCAGCAGCUGACUGAGAAACCUCACGGCCUGCCUCGUACAACUCGUGCCACUCUAUUAAGGGAGCAGAAAUUGCUCGCAUCCUCCAAUUGCAGUGAGGCAUCGUCACGACCAAGUAGUUCCCUCAGUCAGCAGAGCACAAACAGCUUGGCUAGUUCGGUAAAUGUUAGACAACGUCUAACGACAGGACCGAGGAAACCAAGACCAAUUAGUAUUGCCGUGACUGGCAUAUCAACAGACGCCAAAAACGAUAACAAACCUCCUAUUCCGAAAACGAGGAAAACGAUAACAAAAACAACUACUACUGCGAUAAACAGCGAUAAAAUUAAUAGAAAUAAAGCUAAAACUCCUGUAGAUAGUGUUACUAAAACUUUGAAAAACACUACUACCGCUACUGUAACGGGUAAAGACAAGCUUCAGGAAGAAACUACCAGUAAUCAAAAGUCUGAAGAACACCGUGUCCCUCCAAAUAAAAUUAAACCAGAUAUUGUAAACGGGGAAGUAGAAUUUAAUGUGCCUCAGAAUAAGCGUGAUAUAGAAGUAACAUCAGAGUGUAAAUUAGAAAGUAAUAAUGGAAGUAUAAAUGUAGAACUUGGAGAUGGUACAAUAAAAACAUUGGAGAUAGAAAAAGUGGAACUAAAUAAAAAAGAAACUAAUGAUAAAACAGUAACAAAUACAAGAGAAAUAACAGAAUCAGAUAAAGAAGAAUCUACAGUAUCGGAAGCUAAAACUGAUCAGUUGUUAAUUGAUGUGCAAAUUAGUAAAAAAGAAGAUGUAGUCGAAUCUAUUAAAUCCAAUAGUGAAUCGAAAAUACCUGAAUCCGAAAAACCAGAAAUCCAAAAGACUCCAAUUAAAAAAGAACAAACCAAUUCAGUUGAGGAUCAAAAAUCACUUGAAGACGAGAAAAAUAGAUUAAAUAUUAGUACAUCACAAACUCUUUCUGAAAAUAGUCUGAUUGAUCAAAUAAAUAUGGAGAGUCAAGAAAACGAAAUGACAACAUCAAUGACAAAGGUUCGUAUUAAUACUGAAAAGGAAGCAAAAGCUGCACUCGCAGAAAGAAGAAGACUAAUUCGAGAAGAAGCUGAAAGACAAGCUGAAUUAGAAAGAUUACGAUUAGAAGCUGAAGCUAAAGCUGAAUUAGAACGCCAACAACGAGAAGAAGAACAAAUAAGACAGUUAAUUGAAUUACAAAGGCAAGCAGAACAGGAAAGACUACAGGAAGCAAUCAGAGAAGCUCAAAAACGCGAGGAGGAAGAGAGAUUAAAAAGAGAAGAGGAACAAAAAUUGAAACUAUUAAAAGAAGAGGCAGAAAGGAAGGCAAAAGAGGAUGCUGAAAAACAAAAAGCCGAGUUACAAGAAAGGCUAAAAAAUGAAGAGAAAGAAAGGGAAGCUCGUCGAAAGAGGGUCGAGGCCAUUAUGUUACGGACAAGAGGAAAAAAUGCUAAUAAUACACAGAGCACAGAUGAAAAAAAUGAAAAUAAGCCCGCAGAAGAGAUGAAAAGUAACGAAGAAAAUAAAAUAAAUGGAACGAAAAUAGACGAGCAAGAAAAUGGCACAACAAAAGUAGCCAAAGACAUUGUUGAUAAUUUGAUACCCAAUGAAAUAGUGAAAAACGCCAAUUCAGUCACAAUAGAAUCCAUGAAUACGAACGAUUCAAUAAAUUCAAAUAACACGUGGCGAGAUAACCAACAGUAUGGUAAUUUUAUGUGUAAUAACAAUAGUUAAAGAAAACAAAUAUCUGUAUUUUUCAGAUUCAUUGAUGUGAGAGACUAAAUUUAGAUAUACAUACUAUAAAUAAAUAUAUAAUGUAUGUGUGUAUAUAAUGUAUACAUGCACACAUGUAGUAUAAAUUCAUUGUGUUGAUUUAUUAAUUUAAAUGCCCAUAACUUUUAUUUUUCAUUGUUAAUGUUUGUGUAAACUUUUUCAGUUUCUAUUUCAAAUCAAUAUUUUACCUACAUACAAUUUAUUACCUAAAAAUCACAUCUUCGAUUAAUAAAUCCCUUUCAAUCAAUAUUUGACAGUUUAAAAUUGAUUUCUUGUGUAAUUAAUAUUUUUGUCAACAAUGUCACUACCCCUUUCUAGGUCUAAUUCAGUUUUUCAAACGUGAUUGAUUAGAAAAUAUCUACACAAUAAUACAGCUUUAUUCUAUAAAUAGUUCUGGUGUCGAAUUGAUGAAAAGAAAAUACAAUGGAAAGGGAAAGUGUAAUUGAAGGCGCUCACUUCUAGCAUACUUUAAAAAUUAUAUGUAUUACCUACGUUCAUAAUUGAUUUUUUAUAUUAGUUGUAUAUGAAUUGAACUAGGUCUUAUGAUUUUUUUUUAAAAGAAUUUAUUGAAUUAUAUGUUUGAUUUAAAUUUUAAAUCUGAUGGUUAAAAAUAUAUGCGUGAACCGAAAUUAUCUGAAUUAUUGGACUGAUAUACUUUAAUAAAUGAAGUUGAAUGUUGUUUAAUUUGUAGUAUAAUAUUCAGACUCUUGACGGUUAACGCAUGUUUUACACUAUUUUUGUAUUUACUUCAAUAUUAUAUCGUUAUUGUUCUAAUUAGGUGAAUAUAUUUUAAUUUAUUUGCCGAAGUGGAUAUAGUUUAUUGGUAAAUAAAUUGGGUUUACAGUGGACACAUUAUGAUGGUUUUUUGAUAAAAAAAUUCAUAAAUGGAAAAUAUAAUCAAUAAUUACUUCUUGAAGAAUAUACAUAAAAUAUUACAAUCCAUAAAUAUUAUGGUUUAUCAUUUAGGCAUCCAUCUGAAAAGUUGACUGAUACUGCAAAUAAUCUAAUGAAAGGAACUUAUAUACUUAACGAUCUGAGACUGUUGAUGAUUUAAUACUAAGCACACUGUUUACGACCACUACACCAACUCUCACAAUGUAUGGUCCUUCCAUAUUUUCAUAUCCUGCUCGAAUGGCUAGACAGUAUAAUUGUUGGAAAAUAAGUCGAAACACUAUCAGUCAAAAUAUAGUAUAGAGUACAAGCACUAGGGAAAAUUGGUGCAUAAUUCAAUUCUUUCUUUUUGUUUAUAAAUUGCUAAUAAAUAUGAUCAUAUGACUGAUGAACCUCCAUAACCAAUUUAUAGAUGCCGUGACUGAAUAUUCUCAAUAAGAAAACUGUAAAAAUUUUAAUUACUUUCAAUUCUUGAAAUGACACGUGAUUCAUUUAAGUGUAUUGAUAGAAAUUAAAUUUAAUAUUGUUUAAAAAUAGUGUUGCAUUUUUAACCAUUGAGUGUUGAUUUAUGUUUGUGUAUACAAGUAGAGUUAGGUGCAUAUAUUUAUGGCAACUUUAUCAGUUACUUUGUAAGUUUUUGCUUAUAUACUCCUUAUUCAAUAACAUCAUCUAAUAGUCCUAUAUUUUUAGACUAGAAUGUAGUGAUUUGAUAUUUGGCAAUAGGUAUGUAUGGUGUUAGGGAUUUAUUUCAUUUUUUAUCAAUUUAGUUCUAUAGUUUGUUGGGAAUCUAGUUAUACAAAGAGGCAUUUCAUUCUUAAAAUAAACUUAUCAAUUUAAUUCAUAUUAAAACAAAUGUUCCAACGUUUUAUAAUAUAGAGUUGCUUUACUCAUCUACUUCAAUAUAAUUUUCUGUUAUGCAAAAUUAGAUUAUGUGAUCAUAGUGAUGAAGGACACUUUGCGUUUUAUAUUUUGUCGCAUUCUCAUAUCGCACUGAUUCAAAUUAUAGAAAUAGAAGCUUUGUUAGAAUUGGACUGUUAGAUGCUGUCAAUUGAACUAUUCAAAACAAACUGGGUCAAAAGCAGAAACUUCUUAAUUUCAGUAUUAGAUUUGCUUUUGAUUGUGUUUGUCCUUCUCCAUUAAUAUAACUUCACAAAACUCGAUCUGUACUAGUCAUCUUGAAUGUAAGUAAAAUUUGUUGUGUUAUAUUUCUUUAUUGUCAUCAGAUAUUGUCUGCGUAGCAAAAUAAUAAAAUAUGAGAUUAUACAUACUUUUUAAAAACAUUUAUAUAUUUUGUUUUGAUAUAAUUGUAUUUUAUUACUGUUUGCUGCGUUACUUACGUAUUUGAUUAUUUAGAGUUAUUUUCAUGGAAACGACCUUUCUCAGUAUAUUUUUACAUAAGGUAUACUAGAUAGAGUACGUCAAUAUCUUGAUCAAACAGCAGUGGUUUUCCAGAGUUAAAGUAUUUUACAUUGAAACUUUAUUAUCAUGCCUCGAGAAAGAAGGUAAUCUAUUUAAUUUGGGGUAUACAGAGUGAGGGUUGAUAUGAAACCUGUUUUACCUACAAAUUUACUUCAAUAGCUGCGUUAUGAAAACUAACUCCCAUGUAUUUAUUUCAAAUAUUAGCUGCUCAUCGCUUAGUCAAUUUUGAUUUCAAUAUUAAAAACCUGAUAUUCAUUAUAGUGCAGCUGUAUAAAUAAUCCUUGUUUUUUUAUGUAUUUCACGAGUUGCUCUUUCAAACAUUUGUAACACCAUAGUAUUUAUUCAUAAACAAUUUCAUUACCACUAAUUGUUUUUGUCAUUGAGGCAUUAAAUCGUAAUAUUGUAAGGAUUCAUUUUUAUAGUCCCAUUGAUUAGUAGGUUGUGCACUUUAUUCUUAUAUGUUUCUUGAAUUAUUUGUAAAACUAUUAGUAUGGUUAUGGUUACAAAAUAAUGCAGUUUAACUUAUUUUGUAUAAUUUAAAUAUUCUUUUUAAAUUAGCAAUAACUUGGAUUUAGCCUUUGUUAAGAUUAAAAAUCCACUUGGCAUAUUCAAAUUUCUAUAAUGCCACGAAAAAAAGUAUACUGAGUAGUGUCCACCAUAUAUUAUAUUCUGCUGUUAGGACGUGAUCCUAUUUUUUAAUAUUGCAGAUGAGAAUUUUAUUAUCUGCAUUUUAAUCGUUUUGUACUGUUUUUAAUCAUUUAAUUUCGAAUCAAAAGAUAUUUAUUAUAUGGAAAAGGGUAACUUUGUUAUUUAGUGAGGAAAAUAUUUCAAUUUGAAUUUGAUUGUUUUAGUAACAACAUUGUGCCUAGUAGAUUUUCAUUUUCCAAAUAUUACAGGAAAAUAAUAGUUUAAGAUCCAUUAUAAAAAAAUCUGUAAAUUUUCAAUUUUUUUAUCAACAAGUACUAUAUUUUUUAAUGAAACUGGAACAAAUUGAUCGUCUGUAGCAUUUUAAAAUAUCAUUUAAAACCAAUAAAAGAAAUAAAUCACUUUUGUAUACAUUCGUAAACUUAAUAGUUUAUAAUAUCUGUUUGAUAUUCUUAGAAUGUAAAUUAAAAAAGAGUGGUAGUAGACAUAUUACAUGAAUGUGAUGCAAAUUUCUAUAUCUCAAUACCAGACUAACGCAAGUCACUCUAAAUCUACUUUUAAGGAAAACAUCAAAUCCGUAAGAAAUAAAAUCUAGGUCGCCCUGCAAAUUUAAUGAUUUAAUCAGUUUGCAAAAUAUUGACUUAAGCAUUCAUAGGUAUUUUGUUUAGAAUAUUUUUUUGGAUAUUCUCAUUGGUGGGAUUGCAGACAAAAAAAGAUCCUUUUCCAUCCGCUUUUUUUUGGAAGUAUCCUCAGCUUGAAUGGUCUUCUAAUACAACUUGGCAUCUCCGUAUAUCAACUGUAACCAUACUGUUUUAUUGAAAUAGAUAGUGCCUUGAUUCCUAUGGUAGAGAAAGUCUUCCAGAAGCAUAAUUCUCACAACAAAUGGGUUCUUUUUAGAUCAAUAAGUAAUGAAAUUUGACUACACAUUUGUGGUAAAAAUACUGUAGUUAUUUUGACUCUUUUGAUCACAGUAUGCUUAGCGUCAACUUAUUUUAGAGAGGAAGUUUCCAGCAGCCAUAAAUACAUAAAAAAUAAUCUGAAACUUUUGUUUUGACACUAUUGUUAUUAAUCCAGGCUGUAAAGUUUUCUCAGAAUAUUGAAGCUCCUCAUAUGUAAGUAGAUAGACAUGAUGUACACUCGUUCCUUCUUAUUUUUAUAGUUCCGAUAUAAUAACCCAAAGGUUUCAUGAUCCUAAUUUUUUACCUAACUUUUCUCUUAAGUCCAUUCUUAAUUGAAACAUUUUUAGUUUAUUAAUUUUUUCACUCUUAAUUUGACAGUCUACUUCGUCACAAACAUCACAGAUGUCAUUGACUGGCAAUAGGCAAAAACAAGUUAAAUUCUUUAUUAAACGUUUUGAAAUAAACCAAUUUCUUCUUAGUUGUAAAUUUUUGAAAAUGUGACUACUAAUUCUCUCCAAGCUAUCACUUUGUAACUUAUUUGCAGAAAUAUGCUUCCCUUUAAAAUGUGCUGUCAACCAGACUUACUAGCUUUUUUUAAAGAAACCUUGAUGAAUAUCAUUGGUUGCAACUACGUAAACUUUCACUAACCAAUUAGAAAUAUUCUGCCCCUGGAAGCUUUUUUUGGACAUGGACAUGCAACUAUCAAUAAGGUAAUUGGGUUGGAAUUUCUAGAAUCAAUCGCGAUAUUUAUACUGUUUAUACUUUGAUCUGUACCACUGUACCAAAGUUGACAGUUACUGCCUGAGGAGUAUUUCGUUAAUAAAGUUAUUAUCUUCAGAGUCUGACGGUGAGCUAUGUUUCUGAAAACAAAAAGUGAAUGUAGUGAUAAUGGUUCAGUUUCAGAAUUGUGCAACAGACAUGUAAAUUUGACUAUUGCUGUUAACAUAAACUCUCAAAUUAUGCAACCAAUAUAAUACGAUAUACAUAAUGCUACAUACGAGAAUUUGAGAAAAAUCAGAUUUAGAUUUGAAUUUCUCAAUUUAUGGAUGAUGAAUUCAACAACUACUUCAAUUUGUUUAUAGUGUCAAUAAUUUUUUUCAAAAAAAACUUGGCAUUGGAACCAAAUAAAAACAUACUCUUCUGCUGGACAAAAGAUAUGGAAGUUAUCUAAUUUCUCAAAAAGGCUACUAUAGAAUUUAGGUGUAGUGUAUAUAUUUAUUUUUGUUUGAUACUAAUUGUUGCAGUUGUAUUUUUAUUAUAUUUAUAUAUUUUCCAAAUUUAUUUAUAUAGAGUUUCGUACGACGUUUUGAUUGACAAAUGCGGUAAUAAAGAACUAUUAAAAGUAAGUUUCGCAAUCAAUACACUAUUUUACAAAUGGAAUAUUGCGCCCAAGAUAUCCCAUUUAAACUAUUGACAGAUACAGGUACGAGAUUAGAUGUGAGAAACUGAAUUCAUUGUGAAUAACUUUUUAAUUAGUGAAUAACAAAUUCAUGUUUCUGUUUAUAAUUUUUGAAAUAUUAACAGACUAAAACGUCGUGUGAUAUCCUAUAUAGGGCAUACCUAGUCUACGUGAUAUGCAUAUUUGAAUGAUAAAAAUAAUUUUUAGCCAUCCAAUAAACGAAAUUUUGAAUAUUACUGAAAUUUUUACUUAGUGUCUGUUAUUUAUGAAUAAAAAUUUGACACAUCAUAAUGUUGACCGAAAAAAAUUAGUUUUUGGUUAGGACGUAUAGAAUUAAGGCCGACUUAUUUACAUAUAUAUUCAGAAAUUGUGAAUGUUUAGAAGAAUUUACAUUUUCUGUUCAAUUUCCUAAUCUCGUAAUUUAACAAAUUUAUCAGAUGGAGGCAAUUAUAGAAUUAAUAAAAAAUACCAAUAUAAAUUAUAACUUUGAAUAACAAUAUGUGGUUAAAUCGCUUGUUAAAAGUGCUUAAUAAAUGUAAAAAUUUAUUUAUGAA